AUGGACGAUAUUGAGGAACGUUUGCGCAGCCAUGCGCAAGCAUUCGACGGUUUAAUGUCCUUGAUCCCCGCCAAGUAUUACUACGGUGAUGACAAUAGUGACCAGUGGCAACGGAAGAAACAGACCAAGGAACAAGCUCGUGAAGCCAAGCGUGCAAAACUCGACCCUGAUUCCGCCGAAUCCGCCAAAACCGCCAAGGAUAUCAUGGAUGAGAAGGCUCGUAAGCGCAAGCGUGAGGAUGGCACCCUCGAGAGUGAUUCAUCAGAUGGCGAAUUAGGCUCCGAGAAGCCCAUGGAAGGCGUGAGCCGCGGCGAUAAAGCUAAGAAGCAAAAGCAAGCCGACAAGAAGCCAGAUGCUGCCAAAUCCGAGGCUGCCGAGGCCCGCAAGAAGCAAAAAGAGGAGAAGAAAGAGAAAAAGAAGGCUACGCAGAAGGAAAAGAAGAAGGCAAAGGAAACUGCCCGGAAAGAAAAAGACCAGCAAAAGCCAGCCGACAAGCCCAACGGUACAGACAACGAAACCUCAAAGGACGAAACUGCCAAAACCAACGGUGCUGCUGAGGAAUCUGACGCAUCCGAUGAUGAGGAUGCUGAUGAUCUGGAAGACGGUACCCCCGAGGAAGGAUUUUCCAUCGAGUUCCACGAUGAACCCGAGGACCCAUCAUCGGCUUCCUCCCGCAACUCCCCUAAUGCCUCGAACCCUCAGUCUGGUAGCUCUUCUAUUUCCUCUAUUGUCCCUCCUACAGCCUCCAAUGAUACCAAAUCCUCCGAGCCUAAGGGCCUGAAGGCCACACCAGAAGACCUCAAGCAGCGCUUACAAAAACGCCUGGAUGAACUUCGGGCAAAGCGUCAAGCUGAUGGUCUUAACGGCAAACCUGCACGCAAUCGCCAGGAGCUCAUUGAAGCUCGUCGCCAAAAGGCCGAGCAACGUAAAACUCACAAGAAGGAGCUGCGCGCCAAGGCAAAGGAAGAAGAACAGCGCAAGGAUGACGAGGCUAUGACCCGCCGCUUUUCUCCCGGUGGCUCUGGAUCCCUCCUGGCAUCUCCUCGCUCGCCUGCUGAAUCUGUUGGAUCUUCCGGCAACAACUUUUCUUUCGGCCGUAUUGUCUUCGCUGACGGUCAACACACUGACGCUUCCCUCGGCAAUGUUCGUGAUGCUCACAAGAGCGCGGGCCCCAGGGAUGCCGCUGCCCAGCUUCAGGUUGUUGAGGCGAAAAAGGCCCGCCUCGCAGAGAUGGACCCGACUAAGCGUGCCGAGCUUGAGGAGAAGGAUGCCUGGCUUAACGCCAAGAAGCGCGCCCACGGAGAGCGAGUUCGUGACGAUACAUCAUUGCUGAAGAAGGCUCUGAAGCGCAAGGAGACUGCAAAGAAGAAGUCCGCGCGUGAAUGGAACGAACGUAUCGACACCGUUUCACGUAUGAAGGACCAAAAGCAAAACAAGCGCGAGGAGAAUCUUCGCAAGCGCAGAGAUGAGAAGGGCAACAAGGGCAAGAAAACCAAGAAGCCGGCCGGUGGUGCUAAGAAGAAGGCCAGACCCGGAUUCGAGGGCAGCUUCAAGGCCAAGAGUGACGGCAAGAAGAAAUAA